UUGUGGAAAGGAACAGAUAAAGUAACGCGUCUGUCAACAAUAAAUGAUUAUGGGGAAGGUGGAUUAAAAAUGAUUGAUUUAGAGAGCAUGGUUAAAGCUCUGAGAUUGGCAUGGCUUAAACGAAUAUUUAACGCAAAUGAUGGAACAUGGAAGCGGUACUUACAACACCAAUUGAAAACAUUUGGAGGACUGUUCUUUUUAAAUUGUAACUAUGAUGUUAACGAUUAUACAAUCACUUCCCAGUUUUAUCGAGAGCUUCUUCUAUGGUGGUCACAAUUUCGUGAAACUUUCGCUACAGACUUGAAUUGGACAAAUAUUAUUUGGAAUAAUAAAGAAAUUAGAAUAGAUAAAAAGCCUAUCUAUUACAAAAAAUAUUUUGACUCCGGAAUCACUCAAAUCCACGAUCUCCGGCUCGAUUUGAAUAUUAAUGAUUCCUUCAGUUACGUUUCAAAUAAAAUUAGAAAAAUUAGCUUUCUACAAUGGGCAGGUCUUCGACACUCAAUACCUGAUUUUUUGAAAGAUGAUCGUGAUUAAAUCUAUACACUAACGCCUUCUUCGCUUCAAAUAAAUAACAUUUUUGAUGUGAAGAAAAAGAAAUCGAAAGAUUAUUACUCCUUACUUGUCAUGAAGAAAUCACAGCCUCCUAAUAUUGUUAAUAAAUGGAAAAGCGACUUUAAUAUCUCAGAUGAUCUAUUGAGGGAAUCUUUCAUUUUACCUCACUCUGUUGCACUUGAAUCCUAUGUUAAGGCUUUUCAGUAU